AUGGAAGCAAUGAGAGAGUUUUGUCGUAUGAAACCACCUCAGUUUGAUGGGGACAGUAGUGAUCCUCUUGUGGCCGAUCAUUGGCUUUCACAAAUUCGUAAAAUUUUUAACGCUCUUAAGAUUACAGAAGAUGACCUUCGGGUGAGUAUAGUAGCUUGUCAACUUAUCGGUGAGGCUAAUGAGUGGUGGGAAUCCAUUUUAGGAGUAAGAAGAGACGCAAGAAGGAUGGCUAGAGCGGUGAAUCAAGGGAAUGAGCCGGAUGAGGAAAACCUAACUUGGGCCGAGUUCGAGGAACUCUUCGAAAACCAAUAUUUUCCAGAAACAUGUCGUGAGCAACUUAGAGAACAGUUCGAGAAGUUUGAGCAAGGAAAUAUGACCGUCUCUAAUUAUGCUAUAAAAUUUCAAUCUCUAUCACGUUUUGCUCCAGAAUUAGUGGCGACAGAGGAAAGAAAGUGUAGGCGCUUUGAGAAGGGGUUGCAAUCGUCUAUUAAGCCGUUGGUAGUAAGUCAGCGUAUUGGGAAGUUUUCUGAGAUUGUUGAGUGUGCGAGGAGUGUUGAGAUUUCGAUAGGUGUGCAGGGAAAUGUGGAAGUGUGGGAACCUAGGCAACCGAUCGUUAGUGCAAGUUUGCCUUCGGGAAGUUCUGAGAGCCAAAGGAGGAAGAGACAACGGGAUCCACCCCAAUCAUUGUGUGGUCAGCCGGGUCACUUUCGUGCUCAGUGUACACAACGGAAGACAUGUUUCAUUUGCGGCGCACCUGAUCAUCUUGCAAGAAGAUGCCCUCAGAAAGUAGGAGAGCAUAAUGGGCCUAGUUCAGUGAGACCUGGGCAGAGUUUUGUUCGACAUCAUUCACAGUUCCAGUCUACAUUGGGUCAAGGGUCAUGA